AUGGUUUUUGGUGAGUGCUUACGUGGUGACGACAAGUGUCACGAUAAGCGAGAUGGACCUUCACUAAAUGGUAUGCCACUAUGUUGCGAAGAUCCCAAUAAACAAGCUUUUGCAGAAUAUAUUGAGACCAAUGACACCUAUCACUGCAGAUGUAGACAAGCAUCUAACUGCUUAGCAGAUGGUGACUGCACUUGCAACACCAAGACCAUCAAUACCAAACCUCCUGGUGAAACACCCAAAACUCAACAAGUUUGUUGUCCUGCAUUUGAUGGCACACAGUGUAGCUCCUAUUUAAGAGUUGGGGACUCGCAUAAUAGCUCGAUCCCUGCAUACUGUGACUGUGACUUUGCUCGAAUAAAGGGGAGCUGUUUGAGAGGCGAACAGUGUGCUGGUAGUGAUAAAGUGACUGGGGCCGACCUGAAUGGUAUGCCAAUUUGCUGUGCCAACAGUGACCACUAUAUCAGUUCAGUUGGGCAAAUUCCAGACUCUAGAGAUUUCUCCUGUACUUGUGCCCCAAUGCAACCUCCUCCUAGUAGUUGGUAUGGAAACUGCUUGAGAGGAAAUUCUUGUUAUGGGAAGGAUUUGAUUGGUUUAUUCAAUGGCGUACCGGUUUGUUGUCCCAACCCUAGUUUGACCUACGACGGUAUAAGUCAAGUGGGGUCAGUGUAUGUAUGUUCUUGUGGAAGUUCUAAUAAUCUAGGAACACUAGUCUUUUCCUCCAGACGUAAAUGCCAAUUCAAUAGACAAUAUAAAAAUGCAAGAUUAUCCAGACCAAUUGGAUUUAGACCACAAAUAUUAAAUUAUUAA